AUGCAUCGGCUGACAAGAGGAAAAAGGUUAGUCGACAUGGUAACCACAGCAACUUCCAUAAACGAAGUAGCAGUACUGGACGAAAAAACGGGAGAGUUUCUACAGGAACCUGUUUGCCUUAACUCUAGGGAACCAAGCGAUGUAACCGAUGAUGAGACUUUUUGUGGGUUUUCCGAUGUAGAGUCUGUCAUCCCUUCGGAUCCUGAGUUCGUGGCAGAUGAAGACACUAUUAUUACCGAUUCUUCCGAAGUGGAAGAAAUUUUGAAUGAACGAUGCGGCACAUUGACCCGCAAACGAAAGAGCAAUAAUAGAAAAAAGGAAAGAAUGAGCAAAGGUAAAGCUGAAAAAUCAGAAUGGAAGAGAAUAAAAAAUUCUGAAGCUAGACUUAAGGGAGAGCAGUAUGUCGGUUUUCAAAAGGACCAGGAUGGCAAAUAUCAGCAAACUCUUGUACGUCCAGCUAAAGGCUUGCAAGAAGCCUGUAAUGGUCACUCCAAAAUACAGCAUGGAGGCCCGCGACAGCAAUAUGAGUGUGAGAAAUUGUCUGAAAACAACCGGCAGUCAAUGUUCGACAAAUUUUGGAACGUACAAUCAUGGGAUGCACGAAAAGUUUAUGUUAGAAAUUUAGUUGGCGUUAGUACCCCCCAAUACCGUCGUAGUUUUUCUAACAACGAAAGCAGCAGGAAAGGAACGUCUUUUAAGUAUUUUUUAAUGCUGCGAUCAGACAAUAAUGUUCAAAGAAUACAUGUCUGCAAGGUGAUGUUUAUGAGAACUUUGUCUAUCGGCUCAAGACAGCUUCGAAACUGGCUUACAGAAAAUUUACUGAAGAAUACUGAGCCUGUGCUUGCUCCAAUUCAACCACAAAUUCGAAAUGAUGAAUCCGAAGAGACCAACAGUAUUGUUGAAUUCUUUGAUAAAUUGCCGAAAGUAGAAUCACAUUAUUGUAGAUCUUCGACCAAAAAACUAUAUUUAGAACCUGUUUGGAACACCAUAACAGGUGAUUUGUACGCGGAAUAUCUGAAAUUUUGUUCCACUCAUAGCAAGAAAAAAUAUUGCUCUGCAUCUUUUUCAAGGAAGUUCCAUGAGUUGAAUUUUUUCAUUUAUAAACCCAGAAAAGAUCAAUGUAAUACAUGUAUUGCAUUUAGAAACGGAAAUGUAGCUGCGGACGAGUAUGCUAAUCAUUUGCAGAAAAAAGAAAGAUCAAGAAAAGAGAAAAGUAAAGAUAAAGAAAAUACUGGAGCUGAUACAGCUGUUUAUACAAUGGACAUGCAAGCUGUGUUGUUAUGCCCAAGAAUGCAAGCAUCAGCUACUUACUACAAAACAAAACUAAAAGUUCAUAACUAUACAAUUUACAAUUUAAUAACAAAAGAGGAUAAUUAA